CUGAACGGCUCUUUGCUUCAUCUUUGUCACAAAACACCAAAAAGAAAAAAGAAUUUCUCAGAGAGCCCAAAGCUUAACAACGGAGAGUCCUUUAGAGAAUUUAAAGCUAAUACUGAAUGGAGGGAAUUGGAGGGGAUGGUGCGUCAGUGGCAUCGCCGUUGCCUCAAUGGGGGCACGACGCUUGGAGAAUGUAUCAGUAUUAUCUGGAUAAGUCAACUCCUCAUUCGACGUAUAGGUGGAUUGGAACCCUUGUUGUAGCAGCUAUGUACUGUUUGCGGGUCUAUUAUGUUCAAGGGUUUUACAUAAUCUCGUAUGGACUAGGAAUCUACCUGCUGAAUUUGCUAAUUGGGUUUUUGUCUCCACUUGUUGAUCCCGAACUUGAAGGUUCUGAUGGACCUGUAUUGCCGACGAAAGGUUCAGAUGAAUUCAAGCCGUUUAUCCGCAGACUACCCGAGCUUAAGUUCUGGUACUCCAUGACGAAGGCUUUCUGUAUAGCAUUUCUCAUGACUUUCUUUUCCGUUUUCGAUGUUCCCGUCUUUUGGCCUAUAUUGCUUUGUUAUUGGGUCGUUCUCUUCGUUCUUACAAUGAGGCGUCAGAUUGGGCACAUGAUCAAAUACAAGUAUAUCCCUUUCAACAUCGGAAAACAGAAGUAUACCGGUAAGAAAGCUUCCACAAGUAGCGGUCGUGUCCGUGGGGAUUGAAGCUUGGUCGUUUCAUUUGGACGAUUAUUCGUUAUCGUAGAUUUUCACAUUUGGAGAAGAUACAUUUAUGUUGUCUGGAUUUUUUCAAAAUAUGCAGUUACUACAAACAUAAAAGUUCAGUUGUCCCUGUGAAGAAGAUACUGACAUCCAGAGCUGAAACUUUAGUGUUUAUACACAUUGUCAACAUUUGAUCAAAGUUUUUUGAGAUUAUUGGCUAGUAAUGUAUACAACAAAGUAUUGUU